GCGAAAUCUCAAAAUAAUCGGCUCUUUUUAAGAACUAUGAAUACUAUGGAAAGUUUAAUCAAAGUGUAAGUGAUCAGCGAGAUAGUGAGUGAUCAGCGAGAUAGUGCAUAUAGAUACAUUUCAAUUCAACAAUUUCAAUUGAUUUUUAAAAUGGAAGCCUCCGAUUACGAGAUAUCAAUAACCAUAACAAUUCUAUUCCUUUUAUUUUACACUUGUAAAUUGAUUGCUACCUUUUGCGUCUCAUUUAACACUCAAAUGACAAGUUGUAAGUCCUCAAAUACUAAGGAAUUUUUGUUUUUGAAAUACUAGUAUAAGUAUAAAUGUUCAUUGAUAACCCUAAGUUAGUUUAUUACGAUAAGGCUUGCCUGGCAAAGAGCUGUGUGCACUUUUCCGUCAAAGCUCAGUUCGGAAUUAUCUUCAAACGGGAAAACAACGCAAAAUGCAAUCGAGAAUAUUUAUAAUGCUCUUACUUAUAGCUGUGUGUAGAAGUGAAGAUGAUUUUAUUAGGAUCGGAGAUGGAUUUUAUUAUAUUGGAAACGAAAAGGAUACUGGUCACUACUUCGACUGGUUUGUUGCGAGGCAAGACUGCUGGAGAAGAGUGUCAACACUUGUGUCCGUGGAGACGUCAGAUGAACUGAGUCAACUGGAGGAAACUAUCGUAUCGAGAGGCUUUCCGGAGGGUAGUACUUUUGCCACGUCAGGCCACAAUUUCGAAAGUACCUAUCCCUAUGUCUGGCACGAAAUGAAUACACCUCUGAACUUCACCCGUUGGCUGCCUGGCACGGAGCCUGAUGUUGAGAAAACCUACCUAAGCCUGGUACUGGUCAACUCCUCGCUGUACAUGAGACGAUCUAGUGGUAUAGAUGACUACUAUAUCUGCGAGUACAACUUCACCCCUUGGCAAUAUUGGGUCUCAUUUGAAACACAGACAAGGACUGUCAUUACCUUAAUUUGUUGUUUUCUAUUGCUCGUACAAUUAUUACUUUUCUUUAAAUUUAUUAGAAGAAUGAAAUCAAUGCCAAACAAAGGAGACAAACUCCUCAACCAACACCCCAUACCAGAUGAAAGUAAAACGUAUAAUUUUAAUAAUAAUCCGCUUGAAUAUAAGUACAUAAUAAAGGUAUGAUGGAUGCCAAA